AGAGCCUUCUGGGAGCUCAGUGCAUAAUGGCGACGCCCAGCCUGCGGGGCCGCCUGGCGCGGCUUGGGCACCCGCGGAAGCCUGUACUAAAACCCAACAAACCCCUCAUCCUAGCUAACCGGGUCGGGGAGCGGCGCCGGGAGAAGGGCGAGGCGACCUGUAUUACGGAGAUGUCGGUGAUGAUGGCUUGCUGGAAGCAGAAUGAAUUCCGCGACGAGGCAUGCAGAAAAGAGAUCCAGAGCUUCUUUGAUUGUGCUUCGAGGGCUCAGGAAGCCCGAAAGAUGAGAUCUAUCCAGGAGACCCUGGGAGAGUCUGGGAGUUUACCUCCCAAGAAAUUGAAUAAAUUGUUACAGAGGUUUCCUAACAAAUCUCACCUCAGCUGAAAAUGGAAAAGCAUUUUCAAUGACUGAACUGUAUCUGCUGAGAACUAUGCACAUUUUAAAGACGUUUGCACUUUUGAAGAGUAGAAUGAGGCAAAACACCUUUUUCAGCCUUUGGAAUCAUGGUCUGGGUUUAUCUUGAAAUAAAAUCCUCUGAAGAGAA